UUAUAAUAAUAAAAAAUGGAGAUAGAUAGGAAGCGACAGCCGACACUUGGCGCCUCCACAAAGCCCUAAUAUAGAGAAGAAGAAGGUACGCAGCCAAAUUAGCUACCAGAAAAAAAGGGAAGAAGAAGAAGAAGAGGAAAAAAGAAAGUGUAAUUCAGAGUGGGAAUUUGUAUAAAAAAUAUAAAAAUAUAUACGUCAAUUUUUGGGUUUUCUUUUUCUUUUGGUUUUUGGAUUGCGUUUUCUCUCAAUUUUUCUUGCUUGAUUUUUGUUGUAUGGAUUGCAUUUCGAUCACUUCUUGCUUUACUUCAUAGUUUUGGGUUGUUUGUCCCUUUGAAUUUGUUGUUUAUGGAGUUUUCUGUGUAACUUUGGUGGGAAUUAGACUUGUAGCAGUGAGGGGCUUUUUUGGGUUUUUGAAUCUCUGUGUUCUUUGGUUUGGUGGAAUCUGUUUUGAGGAGUUCUACUCAUUUGAGCUCUUAAUUGGGGGAACACUGUGGUUUGAAUGGAGUAUCCAAGCUAAACUCUACGGAUUGAGUAUCUUUGCAUGUGAGGUUUUUUCAAGUCGUCUUGUAGUGAUGUGGAGUUUCGGUUUUUGUUUCCAAGGUUAAAUGAUCUUGAAUUUGGAGUGAUAUUUUGGUGGUUGGAUCCGAUACUGGUUCUGAUUGAAUCAGAUUCCGCGAUACUUGGAAGGAGAUGAAUUUCAAGGAUUUUGGGAAUGACCCAUCUGCUGGAAACAGCGGAGGAGGUGGAAGACCUCCGGCGAACUAUCCAUUAGCGCGACAAUCAUCGAUCUACUCUCUGACCUUCGAUGAGUUCCAGAGCAUGGGGAGUAUAGGCAAGGAUUUUGGGUCAAUGAACAUGGAUGAGCUGUUGAAGAACAUUUGGAGUGCUGAAGAAAUGCAAACAAUGGCAUCUUCUGCUGCUGCUGUUGGUAAAGAAGGGGCUGGUAGUGUUGGUGGUAGUGGUGGGUUUUUGCAGAGACAGGGCUCUUUGACGCUGCCUCGGACACUCAGCCAGAAGAAGGUGGAUGAGGUAUGGAAGGACAUAAUCAACGAACAUGUUGGUGUCAAAGAUGGGGCUACUGUUGCUUCUAAUUUGCAACAGAGGCAGCAAACUCUUGGGGAGAUGACACUUGAAGAGUUUUUAUUCAGAGCUGGAGUGGUGAGAGAGGAUACUCAAGUGACUGCAAACCCCAACAAUGGAGGGUUAUUUGGCAAUAACACUGGUUUUGGAAUUGGUUUUCAGCGGCAGGCUAAAAUUCCUGAGAAUAACAAUCACAUUCCGAUUCAAUCGUCAAACUUAUCGUUGAAUGUCAAUGGAGUUAGAGCACAUCAGCCGCAGCCAAUAUUUCCAAAGCAGCCUACUCUGACAUAUGGAUCUCAGUUGGCUUUACCCAGUGAUGGUCAGCUGGCUAGUCCAGGAAUUAGAGGUGGAAUUAUGGGGAUUGCAGAUCAAGGGUUGAAUACAAAUUUGAUGCAAGGCUCUGCAUUGCAGGGUGGAAGAAUGGGAGUGGUUAAUAUAGCAGCUGCUCCGUUGCCUAUUGCAACAGAAUCGCCAGGGAACCAACUAUCAUCUGAUGGGAUCGGAAAGAGCAAUGGUGAUACCUCGUCUGUGUCUCCUGUGCCUUACGUGCUUAAUGGUGGAGUCAGGGGGAGGAGAAGUAAUGGGAUCGUGGACAAGGUUGUCGAGAGGAGGCAACGAAGAAUGAUAAAAAACAGAGAGUCUGCUGCAAGAUCGCGGGCUCGAAAGCAGGCUUACACAAUGGAAUUGGAAGCCGAAGUUGCAAAGCUGAAAGAGGAGAACCAAGAACUCCGGCAAAAACAGGCAGAAAUCAUGGAAAUGCAGAAGAACCGGGCAUUGGAAGUAAUGGAUAAGCAACAAGGCAUCAAGAAGCGAUGCUUAAGACGAACACAGACUGGCCCAUGGUGAUUUUAGAGGAUGUUGUCUGAUAUCAGGCCAAAAGAAUAACGUCAUAGAUGGAGGUGUACAUAUAAUUGUUCUGCCGUAGGUGCUGUGUAGAAUGGGUGUCUUACUUGCAGGGUAUUGUAUUUGGUUCAAAGUGGAUCAUCAGGAGUUUGGUAGCUUUUGAGUGGACGCAAAUACAGUUAGUUCGAUUCGUUUUCUGGAAAUACUACUUCAUACAACUCCUCCACCCUCCUGCCAUGGAGAGAGAAAUAAGUUUUUUGUGGCAUUUCCUGAUAUGGCCCUGCUGCUGCUGUGGUUGUUUGUAAAAUGCCAAUCCUGAAUGCAGGAUUCAUCAGGUUCGAUUCAUUGGCAUGUCAAUGGCUGCAACUGCCGUUUGAUUUUCCUUUAUAAUCUUUACAUCUUGAUGCUUUUAUUUUUGACUUACUGGUUCAGUUGUAAGUUUUAGAUUAGCCAAACUAAAAACAUACAUCCUUAAUUUUAUAAAACCUUGAUUCUCUCACUGA